AUGGCGUUGGGAGAUUCUAAUGAUAUGGAACAGGGGCCUUUAGAAAUUAUUCAUGUGUUUGGAUCCAUUUUGACAUCUGAUAGCCCUGGAUUUGGGUGCUUAUCUGUGACGCUUGCUUGUGGUGAUUGUUCUGUUGUCGGUGGCGUUGCAGUUGGACCUCUCAUAGCUGCAACACCUGUACAGGAAGAAUAA